ACAGCAGCCCAAACGACAACCACAGCCCUAUCUACAUCUGCAGCCCCCACUACAACUGCAGCCCAGACUAUAACUGCAGUACCAACAACUAUAGCCUCAACUCAAACUGCCGACACGACUACAACAAAAGCCCCAACAACUGCAGCCCCAAUGACAACAGCAGCCCCAACUACAACUACAGCCUCAACUACAACUGAAGCUCAAACUACAAUGAAAACCCCACCCACAACUGCAGCCCCAACUACAACUGCAAUCCCAACUACAAGUAUGGCUCUCACCACAAACACAGCCUCAAUUUCAACUGAAGCUCUGACAUCAACCACAGCCCCUACUAGAACCACAGCCCCAACUACAACUGCAGUCCCAACAACAACACCAGCCCCAACUACAACAAUGGUCCCCACUACAACUACAGCCCCCACAACAACAACAACUCCCACUACAAACACAGACUCAACAACAACUGCAAGCCAAGCUAUAAGUACAGCCCCCACUACAACCACAAGCCCAACUACAACUGAGGCCCUGACAACAACAGCAGCCCUAACUACAACUGCAGCUCCAACUACGACUGCAGCGGAAACUAUAACAGCAGCCCAAACGACAAACACAGCCAUAUCUACUUCUGCAGCCCCCACUACAACUGCAGCCCAGACUAUAACUGCAGUACCAACAACUAUAGCCUCAACUCAAACUGCCGACACGACUACAACAAAAGCCCCAACAACUGCAGCCCCAACGACAACAGCAGCCCCAACGACAACUACAGCCUCAACUACAACUGAAGCCCAAACUACAAUGAAAACCCCAUCCACAACAGCAGGCCCAACUACAACUGCAAUCCCAACUACAAGUAUGGCUCUCACCACAAACACAGCCUCAAUUUCAACUGAAGCUCUGACAUCAACCACAGCCCCUACUAGAACCACAGCCCCAACUACAACUGCAGCCCCAACAACAACACCAGCCCCAACUACAACAACGGUCCCCACUACAACUACAGCCCCCACAACAACAACAACUCCCACUACAAACACAGACUCAACUACAACUGAAGCCCAAACUACAAUGAAAACCCCAUCCACAACUGCAGGCCCAACUACAACUGCAAUACCAACUACAAGUAUGGCUCUCACCACAAACAUAGCCUCAAUUUCAACUGAAGCUCUGACAUCAACCACAGCCCCUACUAGAACACAGCCCCAACUACAACUGCAGCCCAAAACUAAACACCACUACAACUGA